CGCAGAAAUUGCUGGUCACAGGAGCCACAAUGGCGAUUGUAGUCUCCUUCUGAUAGGGCUGUGGAUGAUAUGAAAUCCACUAGCAUCGCCCUAAAUAUAGGCCUGGUUGAUUCCCAGAGCCAUUUAUAAUAAACUGGAACAUCUACUGCACACGAAAAUACUAUGAUUUCUAAUCAAUAUUGACUUUAUAGGGGAUAAAAGUUACAUUAAAGGGAACAUGUAAACAGUACCAACCGGGUCAAGUUUUCAUUUUGGUCGAGAAACGAGCGUCUUUUAAUGAAGACGUUUGCUUGUUUCUGAAUGCAAAGACCGUAAUUCUGUGGAAUAAAAACACCUUUACUUAACUUGCCACCGGACAAGGACACCUUUCACAAAGGGACUUUUUUCUUUUUUUACGAGUCUGCUCGCUAGCCGCCGAGCAUUAGCUAGCGGUGCUAGCUAAAUUGAGACGGAGACGACAUCACAAUGCUCCGAUGUUUCUUUGGGAUCUUUUUCAUUCACUAAUUCAAAGUACAUACUUUACAGCACUGGAAAACCGCCGUGGCAUUUUUCCUGCUUUGACGACCUAUUUUGGCGAGCUCAAUGGAAUGAAUCGGCGCUGAGGAGGACUGGACGUGAGCGGCCUGGUGUUUAUUUUGUGUAUUUUCUUGCCCUGUUUCUGCUUAGGAACACUUUUGGCAUUUCGAGUAGCUACUGUUUUCCUGUGAAUGAAUUGCCGGGACCACCUAGGCCUAAUUGCAGGAGAGGUGCCGGCGUGAGGGAUGCCUGGGUCGGACCGACACCAUGGGACCAAGAGGAAGCCGGAAUCUAAUAUCAUCGGUGUGCCACACCAGACUCAGGCCCCGACUCAUACCUCUGCGGGAGACAAGACGAGCAAAGAAGGCAAGUUGCAGUUAAAAUCUCAAAUGUCCUCUUCCUCUUCAAAACGCAAACGGCAUAAAUCAACCAAACAUAAUCGGGAAUCCUCGGCGACACCGGGACCCGAAUAUUUUACCCUCGGCGAUACGGCGCCACCUGGUGUGAACACGGUGAAGCCUCUGGUGGAGUACGAUGAUAUCAGCUCCGACUCGGACACUUUUUCGGACCCACCGUCCUCCAGGCCUUCGGAGAGGGGGGGUGGGGACCGACUGGAGCUCUCACCAGACUACGAUAGGGACGAUAUCGGCAAAGAAGCUGGCAGCAGAGAGAACAGGGGGCACAGACACUCCCGAAAAAAGUCCAAGGACCCCAACAAAGUUAGAGACCCUGGGAAUGGGGAGCGUGGGUACAAGAAAAAGAGCAGCAAAGACGGUGAGAAGGGGAGUUCUGGGAAGAGCAAGGAGAAGGCUGCCGCAUCAGGGCCCUCAUCCAAACGCCAGGUCCAGCCAGAGGCUAACUCUAAACGUGGGGAGCUGAUGCUCUCCACCCAGGUACAGCCUGCAGCUGCAGCCAGUGUAGGUAGCACUACUUCCUCCACAUCCUCAUCUCGCAGCAAGGAGAGCAGCCGCUCAGGGAAAUCUCGCAAAGACAAACAACAGCGAAAAGAAGGCCGAGGAGAGGGCAGCAGCCGCAGCUCUUCCCAGAGGAGCCGAGCAGACAGAAGCCACCGCAAGUCCGCCAAGAGCCACAAGUCAAGCCCCAAGGGCAAGUCUUCAAGUAGGAGUAGCCCUCGCAGGAAGGGCACCAGCUCUGCUCUUUCGCCCAGUCCCAGAAGAGGGGCUGGCAGUGAGAGUCCGCAGGGCAGUGGGUAUGGGCAGCAGGGGGAUGACAGCUACUCCAGACGUAGGGUAGCCCAGCAGAGCCCCAGUCCAUACGGGGAUAUGUCCCGGCGCAGCAGACAACGAUCAGACAGCCCCUAUGGCAGCAGACACAGGUCCUCCAGCUAUGAGAGGGACAGCAGCCCUUACUCCAGGAGACGCUCCAUCAGCCCCUAUGGUAACCGCAGGUCCUCUAGCACCAGCCCCAUGUCUAGACGCUCUGGCCGCUCCAGGAGUCGCUCCCCUCCGCACUACUCAUCUUCUCGUCGCUCCUCCUCUCGUUCCCGUAACAAGAGGCAUACUUCCUCUGCUGGCGUAGGGGGGAGCUCCCACAGCAAUCGGCCAACUAGCCGCUCCCCUCCCUCCUCCCGCCUGCCGCUUAACUCCAGCCUGGGAGCAGAGCUGACGCGCAGGAAGAAGGAACGCCAGGCUGCGGAGGCUGCCGCUCGUGCCAGUGGUGGUGCUUCGCCUCUUCCGUCAGCACGUAAACAUGCAGGCUCCUCCUCCUUACGGCCCACUAAAGUCGAGACACCACAGUCGGAGAGAGACUCUGCAACAGUAGCAGAACCUCUGGCCCCACCACCUGCGCCAUUACACCAGGAUGCUCCGAGUGGUGAAGAUCAGGUUACUGCACCUCCGCCUUCCUCUUCCACCUCCUCUCCUGCACAUCCUCCUCCUCCUCCUCAGCAGCCCUCUCCUCCUGUGCCACCUGGUCCAGUCACCCAGGUUCCACCACCGCCACCUCAGGCAGAAACAAGUAUUCAGCCUCCGACACCCUCAACCACAUCCCAGGCCAAAUCGCCUGCUCCGGUUCCUACACGCAGCCCUGUCCGCCCGACCCCGCUCCACAAGACGUCGACUCUGCCUCCCCUGCCUUUACCACCUGCACUGCUGGGAAACACUCAGGGCAGUCCAAAGAAGUCCACCCCUCCGCAGAGAUUAUCUAGGAAGGAGAAGGAAGUUCGCAGCCGGCCAUCACUAAUUGACCUUCCUUUACCACCCACUCUGCCUGGAGGGGGCUCCUCACCCCCACAGUCCCCCAUCCGCCAGGCUCCACCGCUACCCCAGCCAGCCCUUAAGAAGAGACCAAAGAUUUGCUGCCCACGAUAUGGUGAGCGCAAACAUACCCAGAGUGAUUGGGGCAAACGCUGUGUAGACAAAUUUGAUAUAAUUGGCAUCAUAGGGGAAGGCACAUACGGUCAGGUGUACAAGGCCAAGGACAAAGACACUGGUGAACUGGUGGCUCUAAAGAAAGUGCGUUUGGACAAUGAAAAGGAGGGUUUUCCCAUCACAGCCAUUAGAGAGAUCAAGAUCUUGCGGCAGCUCAAGCACCGCAGUGUUGUCAACAUGAAGGAGAUUGUCACCGACAAGCAGGAUGCACUCGACUUUAAAAAGGACAAAGGUGCUUUUUACCUUGUGUUUGAGUACAUGGACCAUGACCUGAUGGGCCUGCUGGAGUCAGGCCUGGUCCACUUCUCCCAUGAGCAUGUCCGCAGCCUCAUGCGCCAGCUGAUGGAGGGCCUGGACUAUUGCCAUAAGAAUAACUUCCUUCACAGAGACAUCAAAUGCUCCAACAUACUUCUAAACAACAGAGGUCAGAUCAAACUUGCUGACUUUGGUUUGGCCCGGCUUUACAAUUCAGAGGAAAGUCGGCCGUACACUAAUAAAGUAAUCACACUAUGGUACCGCCCCCCUGAACUCCUGCUGGGAGAGGAGAGAUACUCUCCAGCCAUUGACGUAUGGAGCUGUGGAUGUAUUCUGGGAGAGCUGUUUACCAAGAAGCCCAUCUUCCAAGCUAACCAGGAGCUUCUACAGCUGGAGCUCAUCAGUCGUCUGUGCGGGAGUCCCUGUCCUGCAGUCUGGCCUGACGUCAUUAAACUUCCCCUCUUCAAUACCAUGAAACCCAAGAAGCAGUACAGACGGCGCCUGCGGGAGGAGUUUGCCUUUUUACCUUCUACUGCCCUGGACUUGCUAGACCGAAUGCUGACCCUAGAUCCUGCGCGGCGCUGCACAUCGGAGCAAGCUCUCAACAGUGACUUCCUGUGUGACAUUGAGCCCAGCAAGAUGCCGCCGCCAGAUCUUCCUCACCAUCAGGACUGCCACGAGCUGUGGAGUAAGAAGAGACGGCGUGCACGUCAAAGCGGGCUGCCCGAAGAUGUGCCUGUGCCCAAAGUGCCCCGUAAGGAUGCGACAGGGACCUCCAGCGGAGAGAACAGCCGGCCCCAAACCAGCCCGGCUGGAGCCCCGCCGCCUCCACCCGGAAAACCACCCUCCACAGCCAACUUAGAGCGUGAGUUGUCAGGCCUGGGAGUUGCCGCAGAACAGUUGAACCAGGCAGAGAUGGCGGUACUGCUGAACCUCCUCCAGGGACAGACGGACCUCAGCCUGCCACAGGUGGCCCAGCUCCUCAACCUCUCCAACCCAGAGGCUCUCAGUCAGUCUUUGUCUGCCCUCAGUGAGGCCUCUGACCACCAGGGGGCUCCAGAGGACCAGGCCCAGUCUACUGCCAGGGCCCAGCCACCUGAGCCGCCCCCUGAACCCCAGGAACUCUCGCCGACAUCCGGAGACCCACCACUCAGCCAGGAAGAUCAGGCAAACCUGUUGGCCCUCAUUUUGGGCCACAUCAUCAAGCCACAAACCGAGGAGCAAGGCGAUGAGAGCAAUGGCGUCCAGUCAGAGGAGGCACUAACCCGCGAUUCGUCUGCCUCUACUACUGAUCACAAGGGUGGUUGUUUGGAGGGGAAAAAAGUACAGCUGCAUCUGUUCUGCAUACCUCAAUGCAAUUAUAUUGGUUGGUUGGUAUGCACCCAUAUAAUGGUGCAGCAUCAAAAAGGAAACCGCUUGAGGCCAGCCAGGUGCCUCUAUCUGUUGAGCGUCCUCCCUCUCCACCUGGGCCACCUCCGUCAGCUCUCCUCCUUGGAAAUGCCCAGCAGGCUGGGUCUGAAACCCAGCCCAGCCAGGACAUCAGCCCUGCUGUGGCAGCUGCCUUACUCCAGCUCAUGUCUCAGCAGGACUCGGAAACUGGGGCCCCUCAGCGCAGUAAGGACCCCUCUCCUGCUGUGGAUGCUCCGGCCCGGGGACAGCCCCCUCCACCCUGGGUUGCAGAUUCUCCGCCUAAACCUUCGGCUGCAGUUGAGGCCCCAGCAGGACUGGUGACUGAUGCGCCUACCACUGCAGCGCAGUUCCCUAAGGACCAAGACCUCCGCUUUUCCCAUGGAGCUGCCCGCUGACCCUAAAUCCCCCGGUGAGAUAGACCUAGGUAUCUUGGACUGGCUCCAGCAAUCCUGGCCUGAAGGGAGAGGCAGAGGAAGAAUGCAGACGGACACCUACAGAUUAUGAUGUAGGUUCCAGAUUAUCACUGGACCAUGAGCAGGUAGCUAAAGUUGAAUCAAAGAUUUUGAAGAUGAAUGUCUGAAAGAAAGAGAUUAAGGGCCUUUUCAGGUCAUGAACAUCGCUGCCCUCUGAACAAACUGUUGUGUUGUAUUGGAAGGCAUUUGGACCUGGGGUCUAGCCUUUAAUAAUCUAACUAAGGACAGUCACCACCUGCAAUCCCUUGCUCCUUCCUGUCCACCGAGGGUCCAGACUUGAAUGAAUUUCAGCUUCCAAAUUGAGUGCCAUGCAUCUGACACUCAACUUAGAAAGCAGCUGUGAUCUUUUUUUUUUCUCCCUAAAAUAAAUGAUUGUCAUGUCCACUGCAGUGCCCAAGUCUAACAAAGUUAUCAGUGUUUUGGCAAAUGAAGUCACUGUCCUCUACUGUGUGAUGGAAGAUUAGCUGAAGCUGAAAUACUGUAUGUGGGUCUAUUUGAGGCAAUGAGUAACUGACUGGAGGACCAUGCGUUUCCCAUAGAAUCUUACUUGCUGGCUAGCUCCCCUGUUUUCAGCCUUGUGCCUCCUUUGUGACCCCAGCGACCCCUGAAUGAGCUCGGCCUAGUGGGGAAAUGUGGGUUAAGUUUCUGCUUUGGGUGGCACCUACAACAGUGUACAUUUGCAGGACUGUGUUUUUUUAUUUUGUUUUACCCAGAGGCUGUAACACAUUAUAUUCUGUCUGUCAUCAACCCAACUGCAAUGUGUUCAUGGAGUUUCCUAUCUCUACAUACAACCUCUGUGUCGUAACAAGCCUAAGCCUGGUAUUCACUUUCACGUCUCAAAUAUGGAUUAGACUACCACAUUAUGAUUGACUGCUCCAUACUACACGCUAUUCUGCUAGUUGAAGUACAAAGUUAGAAACGUAUAUACACACCCACAGAAACUGAUUUUUCCAUCUUUCCCUGGUGGGUUCUGAAAGCCUUGUCUAAUACUGUAUGUUGUCGCCUCCCUGCCAACUUGUGCAACAAAAGCUUUUUCUUUUUUGGUGCAGUUAUUUUCUACAUAAAGAAAGGUGAAACAUGCUUAAAAAAAAUAAUGGUCCAUGGUUGUGUUUCCAUUUUUUGCUUUGGAAAAGGAAAGGGAGGAGGAAAUGGUUUCACGUGUCUGUAAAAAGAAAAGAAUAUUUUGUAAUAUGUGUUUUCUUGGUUCAGUUUAUUAAAGGAAAGGAAUGUGACCAGUCAAA